UAUCACUCGUUUCCCCUACAUACUCGUGUUCUACAGCCGAAACAAAAAUUUCAGUCACCUUGGCAACACUUCGAAUCCGCUUUAUCACGUGACACAUGAAUUUUAUUUUUAUGUCAAGAUUUUUAUUUAACUGACACUUUCCUAGUGGAUUCCGAGUUGGUUUUUGGUUUCUGUAGUGUAUAAAACAUUUUGAUUCAAAAUGGCGAAAGUAGGAAUAAACGGUUUUGGACGUAUUGGUCGCUUGGUACUUCGCGCUGCUCUCGCUAAAGGCGUAGACGUAGUAGCCGUUAACGACCCAUUCCUCGAUGUCGAUUACAUGGUCUAUUUAUUCAAAUUCGAUUCGACCCACGGUCGUUACAAGGGUUGCGUUAACAGCGAUGGUAAAAAUUUGGUAGUUGACGGUAAGGCAAUUGCCGUAUACCAAGAAAAAGAUCCCGCUCAAAUUCCAUGGGGCAAACACGGCGCCGAUUACGUAGUAGAAUCUACCGGAGUCUUUACUACCGUCGAAAAGGCGAAGAAACAUCUCGACGGCGGCGCCAAGAAAGUUAUUAUUUCCGCUCCAUCCGCUGAUGCCCCGAUGUACGUUUGCGGAGUAAACCUCGACGCCUACAAUCCAGCCGAUCCUGUCAUUUCUAACGCUUCGUGUACCACAAACUGCUUGGCUCCGUUGGCUAAAGUCAUUCAUGAUAAUUUUGAAAUCGUCGAAGGUUUGAUGACGACAGUACAUGCCACAACUGCCACACAGAAGACUGUCGACGGUCCGUCUGGUAAAUUGUGGCGUGACGGUCGUGGUGCAGGACAAAACAUCAUUCCAGCGGCUACUGGAGCCGCCAAGGCUGUCGGGAAAGUUAUUCCAAGCCUUAACGGCAAAUUGACCGGUAUGGCUUUCCGCGUACCAGUUCCGAACGUUUCGGUCGUCGAUUUGACCGUUCGUUUGGGCAAAUCGGCGACUUACGACCAAAUCAAAGCUAAAGUAAAGGAAGCCGCCGAAGGUCCCCUUAAGGGCAUCUUGGGCUACACCGACGAAGACGUCGUUUCCAACGAUUUCAUCGGCGAUACCCACUCAUCAGUAUUCGACGCAAAGGCCGGCAUUCAAUUGAACGAUAAAUUCGUCAAACUCAUCUCUUGGUACGACAACGAAUACGGAUACUCGAACAGGGUUAUCGAUUUGAUCUUGUUCAUUUCCACCAAAGCUUAAGAUUUUCUUUUUUUAUUUCUAAUAGAAAAAUCUCGGCAGGUUUCGAUCGGUGGAGACUUUUAGCGUCUCGCGGAAUAAGUGAAAAAGUAAAGGAUUAGUUAGUAGUCCUUUGUCGGUAAAAAAAAAAUGUUACUUUUUUCGAUUUUACCGUUUAUUUUCUUUAUUUAAAAUAUAUGUGUCUAAAAUAUACAAGUUCUAACAAAAUAUUCUUAUAUUUAUAUCCUUUCUCUUUUUCCUUUUCCACUUUCUUUUCAGGCGAAAAAAAAAAAUACGUCGAUCUCCGGAGAAAACUGUCGAAAGGGAAAUUGUGGUACUAGUUUUUCAUUUUUUACAAAUUUUCAAAGAAGAUAUCGACGAAAAUGAAAGUCAAACUUUUUUUUUUAAUUUCACGAAAUUAUAAGCUAAUUCUUUCCCGUUUUCUAAUACUAUUUCAGAUCCUAGUUUUUCAUUCCCGUUGCAAUUAAUUUCUCCGUCUUGUUUUCCCCAAAAUUUUCACUAAAUUUCGCAAUUGAAUUUGAAUAUCUGGCGCCGUUGUUGACAAUCAUAAUGAACACACUGUCUGACGCGCGUUUCGAUAACCAAGUUAUCGUCUUCAGAUACUGAAUGACUUCAUACUGUUUUCCGUUAUUGUUUUUCUUUUUCUAAUGUUUCGAGAUCCAUUUUUACCCCACUAUCUCCGGUUCUUUUUGCCCUUCCUAAAUUCCUACAUGUUUUUCCAUAAUUUUAUCACUUUCUUUUCACCGUAAUGUUUCCAUUCCAGUUCUUUUUCUCUUUUCCACUACUUCCUGAUCUAUUUUCAUCGACACUUUCAAAGUUUUCCUUAUUUCGUUUUCAGUUUCUUCGUUUCUGAAGAAUUUCAGUUGCUUCUAUUCCCUUUCUUCUAUUUUAAUCGUCUUUUUGCUAAUUUCCCAUCUUUUUGUACAAAUAUUUUCCAAUGGGUUUUGACUUUUCCAUUUUCACUGCUUGGAUCCCAAUUAUUUGCUUUUUUUCUGUCCCUUACCAUCCCUUUCUUUAUUCCGGUCUCUUUCAUACGGUUUGUUUCCACUGUUUUGUGUUCUAUGUCCAUCUAUACAUUCGAAUUUUUCCCUAAAGUUUGUUCUUUCCCUGUUUUUUGUACUUUUCUAUUUACAUCAAUACAUCCGAAGUUUUUGGUUUGGUUUUUGUCGUUUUCGUUGCAUCAUUUUGUUAUUCUCUUUCCAUCACCGAUUUUUCCAUAUUUUCCCCUCGUUUCAGCGCUUCACAUAUUCAUCUUUAGUCUUGGAUCCAUAAAAUUUUCAUCCAUCUUACCACCAAGGUCUUUAGUUGACGUACCUCUUCAUUUUUUAACGCUCCUUCUUCUAUUUCGUCUUCUUCUAGCUUCAUAUUUUUUGUAGCUAUUUCUUCCAUUGGCUUGUACGAUAUUUUUUAAUCCGUUACUUUCUUUAAUUGAUGUUUUCGGUCAUCUUUCGACACUCUCUUAGCUUCACCUCCUAAUUGUGUUUGUCUUAUACAUUAUUUGUUUUAAUUUUUUGCUCCGCAGCUCCCAGUGUUAUUAACUAGUACUAGCACCACAAUUUCCCGUGGGAAAACUCGAUAAAAUAUUAAUGUGCUGAUUGUAUCUUAGGAAAAUUGACGGGAAUGGCUUUCAGAGUACCGACUCCGAAUGUAUCCGUGGUAGAUUUGACUGUUUGUUUAGGAAAACCGGCGACGUACGACCAAAUAAAAGAAACUGUAAAACAAGCAUCGAAAACGACGAUGAAGGGAAUUUUGAAUUAUACCGAAGAACAAGUCGUGUCGUCGGAUUUUGUCGGCGAUUGUCAUUCGUCGACUUUCGACGCUCUAGCCGGAAUCGCCUUGAGUGAUAAAUUCGUCAAACUCAUCUCUUGGUACGAUAACGAAUACGGGUACUCGAACCGAGUAGUCGAUUUGAUUUCGCAUAUAGCGACCAAAGACAAAUUUUAGAUGAAUGGAAAGUUGAAACUUGAAAUUUUUCGUUUGAUUAUUAAAAUGUAUCGUUAAAACUAAUCAAUAA